CCCUCUGAGCUGCUUAAAAAAAUCAAUAGACUGGAGCAAGAAAAAGAAGCAGACUUCAUUCUGAAUUGACAUUUGUAUAGCUCCAGGUUGAGCCGGAUCUUCGUAGAAGUCUUUGCAAUAGCACUCAGAAAGUACAAAGAAAUGUAACACUCAAUACAAUAAUUGAACAUUACAUACUUUGUUUAGGUAAUCUAUUUUCAAGUAGAACUAGGAUGUGAAAAUGUUAUCACAUCCCAAUAGGUCGAAAGUGUGCGUCAGAGACAACCAAUACAAAGCUCCGAUGGACACCAUACAGGACUGUAAAACCCAACAUUCAACUAGGUCUCCUCAACAAGAGAGAGAGGACACAUUAGAGUACUUUAUUAAGUUUCCAAAGCCUUUAGUUGAAAACAUUUUUGAGUUAACUAAUGGUAACGAUAACAAGGACAACAAUGUGCCCAUCGUAAUGCUGUUGGGAUGGGCGGGCUGCCAGGAUCGAUACCUGAUGAAAUACUCAAAAAUCUAUGAGGAAAGGGGUCUUAUAACUGUUCGAUAUACCGCGCCUGUCGACACCUUGUUUUGGAAAAGAUCAGAAAUGGUUCCUAUUGGCGAAAAAAUUCUGAAGUUAAUCCAGGAUAUGAAUUUUGAUGCUCAUCCUCUAAUAUUUCACAUAUUCUCUAAUGGAGGAGCUUACCUAUACCAACACAUUAAUUUAGCUGUGACAAAGCAUAAGUCUCCGCUGCGAGUUCACGGCGUCAUUUUUGACUCGGCUCCUGGGGAACGCAGAAUGCUGGGUCUGUAUCGCGCCAUCACAGCCAUUUAUGGACGGGAAAAUCGUUGCAACUGCUUAACUGCACUCGCCAUAACAAUCAGCCUAAGCAUUAUGUGGUUUGUGGAGGAAUCAAUUUCCGCUCUCAAAAGUCUUUUUGUACAAUCGUCUUCGGUCCACCCCAGCCCGUUUUGCGAGCUGAAAAAUGAGGUCAAUAAAUAUCCGCAACUGUUCUUGUACUCUAAGGGCGACGUCGUCAUUCCCUAUAGAGACGUGGAAAAGUUUAUAAGGUUGCGGCGGGAAAAAGGUAUCGAGGUGUCGUCGGUUUGCUUUGAGGAUGCUGAACACGUGAAAAUCUACAUCAAGUACCCCAAACAGUACGUCCAAUGUGUGUGCAACUUUAUAAAAAACUGUAUGGCUCGGCAUUCGGCCGCUAAUUGUGGGCCAAAUUCAAUGUCGGACUUUAAAUCCAACCUGAAGUACGAGUAAUCGGCAGAACGAUAGUCACUCGCUGAAAAACAUAUGUUUUUAGAGUUUAAGCCAGUCAAAGAACUUCAAAUUAAAAUGGCUUAAAUGUAGAAAAGUACUUCGAACAAAUAAAAAUAUGCGAAUAUUUUGCAAUUUUACAAUUACUAA